AGAAAAUUAGAAACGGAAAAACUAAAAUAAAGAGAGCAGCGCUCGAGAACGAAACCCCGUUCGAUCGCCACCGUCAAGAUCCUCCUUCCGGAGAGAGACAGAGAGUGAGGCAUGAGCGACCCGAUCUCCAGAACGGCGAUACUUCCGGUGGAGACCCGACCGACGGGCGGUGGAGGUGCCACCGCCACCACGACCACAACGACGACCACUACCACCACGAACACGACGGCCACAUCUGCACCGUCGACGUCGAACGGGCAGAGGGAGUAUAGGAAAGGGAACUGGACGCUGCAGGAGACGAUGAUCCUGAUCACGGCGAAGAAGAUGGACGACGAACGUCGGAUGAGGGGAGGGGAUAGGGAGAGGAACAAGACGGCGGAGCUCCGGUGGAAGUGGGUCGAGAACUACUGCUGGAGCAGCGGCUGUAUGCGGAGCCAGAACCAGUGCAACGACAAGUGGGACAACCUCCUCAGGGACUACAAGAAGGUGAGGGAGUACGAGAGCCGGCCGAUCGCCGGCCGCCCGUCCUAUUGGGAGAUGGAGAAGCACGACCGGAAGGAGAGGAACCUUCCCUCCAAUCUCGCUCGGGAGGUAUUCGAGGCCCUACACGAGGUCGUCAACCGGCGGUUCCCCCCCAGGCUAGUGGCGCCGCCUGCCACCUACCAACAACAGCAGCACCCUUUGGGCGUUGGUGGUGCUGCUGCACCUCCUCCUCCACCACCGCCGCUUCCUCCUCCUCCUCCUCCUCCGCCUCUUUCCCAGCUUCCUCAGCCUCCGCCGGCGGAGCCACCAUCACCUCCGCAUCCACACAUCUCAGCGGAAGAGACGACGGAUUCAUCGGAGACAGAAGGCAGCUUGGAGGUGAAGAGAAGGAAAACCAAAGGCCUUGGGUCCAGCAUCGUCGAGAGCGCGUCGGUGUUGUCGAGAGCGCUGCUUGCCUGCGAAGAGAAGAAGGACAAGAGGCACCGAGCGUUUCUCGAUAUGGAGGAGAGGAAGCUGCACAUGGAGGAGAGCAGGACGGAGAUGAACAGGCAGGGAUUCGCGGGUCUCAUCUCCGCCGUCAACAACCUUUCUAGUGCGAUUCACUCCAUGGCCUCCGAAAGAAACGGCGGCAGCAGAUGAACAAGAUCUGCUGCUGUGAUGAUGGGUGGUGCUCUUCCUUGUUUCUUGUAGGAGAGUAUCACUGUCAUCAUUUAGUUGCUGACUGUAAGAAAAUUUUCUUUUCUUCGCAUUUUUUCCUUCUUUUUCUUAAUGUAGUGAUCAUUCAAUUAUGAUCUCUUGUUGAAGGCUUUCAACUGUAUGUAUUCUUACCAAAUGAAAGUCUUUGAUUCUUUCGAGAGAUCGAAAAUUAGUGGGAAGAAAAAAAAAAGGAUGUUUCGGAUUAA